AUGGACGCUGCUGUAUCAGGUGCAGCGGCAACGCCCACCGCGUCCGACGCUCCGGCGGACGGAUCAGCUGCGGCCGUGCAGGGGGAGGGAUCAGCAGCUCAGGCGGCGCCCAGCCGCUACGAGUCGCAGAAGCGGCGGGACUGGAACACGUUCUUGCAGUACCUGCGGAACCACAAGCCGCCAUUGACCUUGGCGCGGUGCAGUGGCGCGCACGUGAUCGAGUUUCUCAAGUACCUAGACCAGUUCGGGAAGACCAAGGUGCAUAUUUCCGGGUGCCCUUAUUUCGGACACCCCAACCCUCCAGCCCCUUGCGCCUGCCCUCUUAAGCAGGCCUGGGGAAGCCUGGACGCCCUAAUUGGACGACUCAGGGCUGCUUUUGAAGAAAACGGAGGUCGUCCUGAGUCCAAUCCAUUCGCCACUCGGGCUGUCAGAAUUUAUCUCAGAGAGGUAAGAGAAGCCCAGGCCAAAGCCCGAGGAAUUCCCUACGAGAAGAAGAAGCGCAAGAGAACCACCACCACUAUCACUGCCGCCACCGUUUCUACUGUAACCAGUAGUAGUUCUAUUAACCCUACAAACGUAGCUGGCGUUAGUGUACCUUCUGAUGCUACUACUGCUACUCCUAAUGUUUCUACUGCUACUACUUCUACUUCCGUAUAG